UACCAGCACCAGAAAAAGCAACUCGCUCCGAAAGUGAAAGUUAAAAGAGCUUCUGUAUCUCCCAAAGAUGGCUUCUUUUGGAUUUUUAAACACAAGACAUUUGUGUGCACACAGUGGUGCUGUUCUUGUUAUAUUUGUCAUUUUGAACUGCAUACAACCCGCCAUUUGCCAGGGAUCGGGAGCCUUUCCGCAGCUGAUAAAUGCCGCCGAACGUAAGCCAAUUUCUACCGUGCCCGACAUCGGAACUUGCGGGUACAACCCGGUCACAGGUGGGCUUGUUACAACGGCCUUUUGCCGGAGUUCAACUUUAAGUUCUUCAGUCUCGUCAUGCCACCAAACGAUUUGUUCGCAAGGAUGUCCAAGCAGGACUAGUACCCCUUCCCCAUCCCAGAUUUUAUUCCCUUCUUCCCCUUGCAUUCGGCUGGAUUCUGUCGACGUUUCGCCGGUGGCUAUGCCUGGUGAAAACUCGCAGAUUUUUGAUCCUGGAUGUUUUAUUUCCCCUGGGGUAGUACCUACCGUUGGUGUCAAUGGAAGGUUCACAUUGGCUGUUUGGUUAAAACCUGAUCCGUCUUUAAAUCAAGAGGGUGCGUUACUUGAGAAGCGCUCCAGUUUUAAUGGGCAAAUCAUCUUCACCAUCUUGGUCUCACAAACUGUGAUCUCCUUUGAGUACCGCACAAGUCCAACUUUGGCCUACCUCAUCAGUGCACAAGCUGACAUUUCUCCUACGCGAUGGACACAUUUGGCGUUACAGGUAUAUGACAACAAAAUCAGUUUUUUCAUCAACGGCCUGGCAGCAGAUGGCACAGCUCUUGACACCCAGACGUUGCAGGGCCAGAUGUAUGAUGAGAGUAACGCCAUUGUCAGAGUUGGACAAAGACUAACAGAGGGGAACCAGUAUCUAGGACGGAUGCAAGAUUUCUUUGUCUUUCAAGAUACACUGACAAAUCGGGAGAUUGUUGAGUUGGCUACAGGAUCCUUCCCAGGGGUCCAUGCUCAGUCAGAGUGCAGGUGCCCAGACUCCCAUCCACGGAUCAACCCCCUGGAGGACAGACUCUGUCUCAAGAAUGGUGAGCCAGACACCACUGAUGACACCUUAGCACGCAUCGGAGAGUACGCUUACCCUCUAGAGUUUGCUAACGAUGGAGACGUUGGGAGCAGUUGGGUGUCUACGUUCACCGAUGACAUCAUGCUGUAUGUUGACCUCGUCAGUGGGGAGUUCCAGGUUUUCUACGUGGUUCUACAAUUCUACAGCCCUCAACCCACAUCAGUCACCAUAUCCCGCCGACGUAACGAUACGUUAGAUUGGUCCAACUGGCAGUACUAUGCAGAAGACUGUUUGACAGCGUUUGGCAUGCCGAAUAACGGAGCUCUACUAUCGCCCUCCUCCGUCAACUGUCUGCAAUUUUCAACGAAUCCACCUGUCCCCUACUCCAAGGGAAACAUAACUUUCCAGCUCCUGUCACCGGAGCCUAUCGCACGCCCCGGCCACAACGACUUCUACAACGCUCCGGAGCUACUGGAGUUUGUACGGGCAACUCAGAUACGCAUCCAUUUGCAGAAUCACUUUUACAUCACCAACCGACGUCAUGGUUAUUACGGCCUAGAGGAACUGACUGUCAGUGCAAGAUGUGACUGCAGUGGUCAUGCAAUGGAGUGUGAUCUCAGUACGUCCCCAUACCAGUGUGACUGUCUGCAUAACACCAUGGGAGAUCAUUGUGACACGUGUCAGCCCCUGUACAACGAUAAACCAUUCCGUCAUGGUGACCAGGAAGCUGCCUAUGCAUGUAAACCAUGUACAUGUUACAACCACGCUGAGAGCUGUGAUUAUGACAUCACGGUGGAUCCGUUCCCUGGUGAACAUUCAAGGGGCGGUGGCGGAGUCUGCAAUGACUGUGAACAUAACACAGAAGGGCGUUACUGUGAUCGUUGUAAGACUGGUUAUUACAGAGCACAGGCAACACCCCUUGACUCUGUCGAUUUGUGUAUGCAAUGCGAGUGCUUUACCAAUGGAACUGUAAACACCUCAGCCAUUUGUGAAUUGGUCGAUGGGCAGUGUCCUUGCAAGGUCUUCACUGUGGGUAGACAGUGUGAUACCUGUCGGCCAGGGUAUUUCAACCUACAGAGUGACAACCCACAGGGAUGUGAUGACUGUGGGUGUCAGGGGGCAGGCACGGUAGGGGGAGAUACAAUCUGCCAUCAGACGGCUGGAAUAUGUACAUGCAAAACCAAUGUCAUUGGUGAGAAGUGCGACCGAUGCAACUACGGCUUCUUUAAUCUGAGUACCUCCAACCCUGAGGGGUGCCAGCGAUGUAGCUGUAGCCCCAUCGGGGGUUCUAGUCCCUACUGCAACCCAGUCACAGGUAGCUGUCAAUGCAACGUAGGGGUUCAAGGGCAGAACUGUGAUGAGUGUGUGGAUGGGUAUUAUAGUCUGGGAUCUGGAGGUUGUCUACAGUGUGACUGUGAUGAAGACGGCAGUGUACCAGGCUCAUUUUGCGAUAAGAUCACCGGGCAGUGUCUGUGUAAGGCGAAUGUGGAGGGACAUGGCUGUGACCAGUGUCGUAUCAACACCUACAAUCUACAAUCCUCCAACUCGGAAGGUUGCAGUGAGUGUGCGUGCAACCUCGCUGGUACGGUCAACGCUUCGGAAUCAUGCGACGCCACGUCAGGCGUGUGCUCCUGCAAGCCUCUGGUUACUGGGCGUACCUGUAACCAGUGUAUUAACAACAACUGGGGACUUGAGCCCGCUAAUCCCGAUGGGUGUUCCCCUUGUGGGUGCGAUCCAACCGGUACUCAGCAGGGCUCUGGUGGCACUCUCCUUGGGUGCGAUCAGAACUCUGGACAGUGCCCGUGCCUGAGCGGAAGGACAGGAAGACAGUGCGAUCAAUGUUCAGCAGGUUAUAUUUCUCCAGACAUUGGUGGUGGCUGCUUACCCUGUAACUGUCAUCCCACUAGCUCAUCCUCACUGUCCUGUAACCCUGUCACCGGUCAGUGUCAAUGCAAUGACCCUUCAACCUCUGGGGUGUCAGGACGACAGUGUGACAGCUGCCUUCCAGAGUUCUGGAACUUUAAUGCCGUCACAGGAACCUGUGAGGAUUGUGACUGCAACCCAGCCGGUAGUUUCAACACAACAUGUGAGUCCAACAAUGGCUUGUGUAUCUGUAAAGAACUGGUAACCGGUCGCCAAUGUGACACGUGUAAGAGUGGUACAAGCAACCUACAAGCUGGUAACCCGCUGGGGUGUAGUAAAGCUCCAGAGCAGCAGCCUGCCCCCAGCUGGAGCGCCUUGACGCCCUAUUCUCUCCUCUUGGUAUGGGACCCGCCUGACGCCCCCAAUGGUAACAUCAUAGGGUACAGACUAUACAGGGACAGCGCGGUGGUUUAUAGCGGAGUGUAUGGAGGCAAUCCACUUGGUACCCAGCAGUAUGAAGACGGAGGUUUGUCCCCUUACACACAGUACAUUUACUAUGUGCAAGUCGUUAACGAAGCCGGUAGUACAUCCAGUCCAGCGAUCACGGCAAACACCCCUGACGCCAUCCCGGCCGACUUCGACAUACUCACCAUCACCAACGUAGCUGCUCGUACUGCCCAGUUCUCCUGGUUCAAGCCCCCACAGAUCAUUGCUCCGAUAACCCGCUACAUCCUUACCUCGGUCACGCCCAGCAAACCCACCCCUGAAACCCAGCAUUACAGCGGGCUUGCCACCAACUACGCGGCGACUGAUCUCAUACCCUUCACCAAUUACACGUUCUUCUUGACAGUGUGUACAGCUGAUGAUUGUGGGAAGGGUGUAGGGGCACUUGCUUACACCCCUAUGGCAGCCCCUGAGGGUGUGCAGGACCCAGAUGCAGUCGGGAUAAGCACCUCAGCAUUUCUUAUCACAUGGGAGCCACCAUCUGAGCCAAAUGGUAUCAUCACACACUACGAGUUAUUUAUGCGCGGUCUUCCUGGCCCAGACGGCUCCCGUGACCCCCCAGAGACCCGUAUAUUCCACCCGGCGGGUUACUAUAACCCUAGACCCACGGUGACCCCAUUAGAGACCCCUGCAGACCCACCGGCUACUAACUACACACAGGACGGGCUGGAUCCAUUCACUGUGUAUGAAUUCAAAGCAACGGCAAGGAAUGCUGCUGGUACCGGGGAAAGUGACUGGGUACCGGCUAGGACACUUGAGGCUUCACCUGUGUCUACCCCAGCUCCGUAUGCAUAUGGCAUCUCAAACUCAGAGUUGAAUGUAACGUGGCUGGAACCCACCGAGAGGGAGGCCUUGGGAGUUAUUAUUCUCUACAACGUCUACCAGAUAGUGACCUCUGAUGACCCCUUCGCACCUCCCGAAGUAGAGAUGUUAAUCCACACAUCAGACGGGUCAGGUAGUUUCUUCAUCGUGUCUGACCUUCUACCUUAUUCAUCUCAUGAGUUUAUCAUCGAGGCCUGUAACAGCAUCGGUUGUGUGAAGAGUCAAAGAUCAGCUGGCAGAACGCUAGAAUCUGCCCCUGAAGGACUCCAACCGCCUGUUGUUAACGGAUACAACUUCUCCACCAUGUCCGUCACGUGGGAACCCCCCAAGCAGCAGAAUGGUCCCACCCCACUUUACCAUGCUUCACGCACAAUAGCAUCCUUUAACACUUUCCCACCAAGGGUGGAAAAGGGAACAAGGUUUCCCGGAGGGGCAUACUAUUUAUUUGCGAGCUCCACACUACCAAGCUCUGCUUACACAGGUAUUGAGUUUGAGUUCCGCGUUGAGCGUACAACUUCGCCCACCACGCCUGUCGACGCCCUACUCCUGCUCGCCAUCUCUGCUGGCGAACAAGAAGAGUUCAUUGCCAUCCAGCUGCGAGGUGGUCGUCCGUGGUUUCUGUUUGACCCCCAGGGUGGGGUAGCUGCUGUGACGCCCACUAAUGACGGAGGACGUGUUUAUGAUGACGGGGAAUGGCAUCAUGUAGUAGCUGUACGGGAUGGUGUGGAUGGGACUAUUACUGUGGAUGGAGUUUAUACAGGUCAAGCCUCUGCCCCGACAUCAUCCAAAAUCAUCGGUAUGACAACGGGUCUCUACGUAGGAGGCACCCCGUCCGAUUUCACCAUCACAAGAACCGACACUGGAAACAGCGCCCUCAUCCGCCGGUCAUUCGUGGGAUGUAUGCGCGGAUUGCGUGUUGAGAGACAGCAUGUACCGACUACAGUGUGGGCGGAGCUUGAGUGGGAGGAGGCUGAGGAGAGUAGGAACACUGUAGCGGGAUGGCAAGGGUGUCCGGUGGAGCUUUCUGAAGGCACUCACUUCUUGGGAAAGGGUUAUGCCAUCCUUCCUGAGGGUAUAGUCACUGGUGGACAAGCCUUCAUUGCAACGAUGGAGGUUAGAACCGAACUCAACGCUGGGCUGAUCAUGUUUGCGUAUGGAUCAAACGGAGCCUUCAUACUCCUGCAACUUGUCAACAGUAACCUGGAGUUGACUCUGUACACCGGAGCGGGUAGUCGUUUAACACUGACCACAUCCGGUGGUAACCUCUGCGAUGGUCAAUGGCGCUCGCUGACCAUGGUCCAGAAUGGCCCCCAGGUGACCCUGAGUGUCCUAGGUGGACCUAUAGAAGUGGGCUCAGGGGACAGCUCCCCGUUGGUCAUCACAUCAGAGUUGUUCAUGGGAGGAAUUCCUGACGAGUCAGCGGCGGCGGACUUUGUUGAGGAGGCUGGGUUGUCUCUGCAGUCAGGUUUCGGUGGAUGUAUACGAGAGAUGGUCGUCAGUGGCCAGAUGGUUGAUUUCACAGUCCAAGGAGUAAAACUUUCCAAUGUGUACCUUGAUGGCUGCCCAGCAGCGACACAGAGUCAGAGUCCAUGCGUUGGAUCAAACGUCGCUGCUGUGUACACUGGACAGGAGAUGAGCUUCAACGAUAAUGCUCUAAGAACAUACACAGAAUAUUUGUAUCAAGUAUCAGCGAGUAACAGUCGAGGGUCGACUUCAAGCAGCUGGUCUGUGGGAAGAACAAGAGAAGGACCACCAACCGGAGUAACCCCACCUACCGACCCUGUGUCUUUAAGUGGUUACACCAUACAGCUUAGCUGGCAAAGACCCACAGGCAACACUGGACUCUUACUCCACUACAUCCUGACUGCUUAUGAUCAGGAUCGCACCAAUGAGCUACCUAUACAGAGAUAUUACAACGAUACUGGGCCAGCGGAAUACACGGGAAAUAUCACCAUGGUUGUUCCAUUCACCAACUACCAAGUCUCAGUCGCUGCCUGCACAGCAGGGGGCUGCACUGAAAGCUCAGCUGUACCAGUCAUGACUCGACAAGAAGCUCCUUCAGGUGUCGUUUCCCCAGAAGCUACGAUCAUCACAGCCAACAUGAUGACAUUGGCCUGGCCUCUGCCUCACCGACCCAAUGGCGUCAUUACCAGCUACAACCUCAUUAUGAAUGAUAUAUCAAUCUACACUGGUUCACAGCGUAUCCACACAGAGUCUGGUCUACAGGUGUAUACUGCAUAUACAUUCAAGAUCACAGCCUGUACAGCAGUUGGCUGUACAGACAGCCCAGAGGUCAGUAUUACCACAGCCCAGCGACCUCCAUCCUUUGUAGCCCCGCCUACCCUCCUCGUCCGGGGGCCUACUUCCAUCGAGGCCAGCUGGGUUGAGCCACCUCAACUGAAUGGCCGUUUGGAGAGAUAUCUCCUCUAUCGAUCCGUAGAGUCAGGAGAUGUGGGUGAAGGAAUUUAUAAUUCCAGCGUUUUGAUAAGGAGUCACGUUCUCUCGGAGUUGACGGCAGGAACUAUGUAUCUAGUCACGCUCAGCGCUUGCACAGGGGGAGGUUGUACCAAUAGUGCACCAGCCACUGCCCAUACAGAAGAAAGCAUUCCAGAAGGUGUACCUGCACCCUCUGUUGUGGUCGUCAGUCCUUAUCAUCUCUCUGUAUCCUGGACUGAACCUGAGGAACCUAAUGGUGUCAUCACAAGAUAUUCACUCAUCCAAGAUGGCUCCGUAGUCCAAUCCAACCUCAAUACAUCAUACCAAGUCACUGGUCUCACACCCUACAGCCUCCACCUGUUUCGUCUCGAAGCCUGUACCUCAAAGGGCUGCUCCUACGGUCCUGAGAGCUCUGCGCGUACUGCUGAGGCGCCACCAGAGGGCAGCAUUAUGCUGAACGCGUUUGUGACCGACGCACGAACGGUUUCGGCACGCUGGACUGCGCCAAGCAACCCCAAUGGGAGGUUACAGUAUGAGGUGCUGUUCACUGGGAUAUUCUACGUGUCUCCAGAAAUGGGAAUGUACAACACCGUAUCUCAAACCAGAACCUUGCUGAACACCACUGAUGCUAAUGUACUAGUAGCAAUCUCUGGUCUGAUCCCGGACUCUUCAUACACGGUGCAGGUGCUUGGUUAUAACACACAGGGAAGCUUACUCAGUGACCAGCAGAGUGUAGUCAUGCCUAAUGGAAGUCCAGAUGGUGUGUUUCCACCCACCCUAGUCACCCUAUCUGCAAUGUCAAUCCGUGCACAGUGGCAAAACCCUGCCAGGAAUAACGCCCCGGGUGAAGCCAGGUUUCAACUCCAGUUCAGACCUUCUCUCCAACCUGGUCUUCAGGAAGAUCUGUUCAAUGCUCCUGUGAGUGUUAACAACUACAUUAAGACUGGUCUGGCAGCCUACACUGAGUAUGAGUUUAGAGUAGUAGCAAGCAACAACUAUGGAGAAUCAGAGAGCGAUUGGACAGCUGCAGUAACAAUGGAAGCUGCACCUGGCCCUAUUGAUCCACCAAUGGCAACCAUCUUGGAUGCAUACAGCAUGUAUGUUACAUGGGAGGAGCCAGAAGAACCAAAUGGUAUCAUAGUCAGAGUCAGACUGUACCAGAAUAAUCAGCUUAGAGAGAUUUUGGCCGGCAAUGCAACAGAGUUCCUUGCCGAUAGCCUGAUGCCAUACACCCAGUAUAACUUCCAUGUGGAGAUGUGCAACAGUGCUGGAUGUACAAGCAGCGUUCAUUCACUGACCUACACCACACCACAAGCAACUCCUUCCGGCCUUGACCCUCCCUCCCUCCGCUCAGAGACCCCAACCUCAAUCCUCAUCAGUUGGUCUCCACCAGACUCUCCUAGUGGAGUCCUGACAGGAUACGAGAUUGAAAGACGCAAGAAAGGUCUCUCUGCGGUCACCACCGUGGUAUCCGUCGGCCCGGACGUCCCGUUGGUUUAUCUGGACCAGUCGCCUGCCGUCACACCGUUUACUGUGUUUGAAUAUAGAGUACGAGUGCGGAAUGGUGUUGGUGGGUCAUCCAGCAGCUGGCAAGAGGUCACGACUCUUUCAGCUGCUCCAGGGGGAGUAAAUGCACCUAUUGUAACCAGCCUGGACCACGUGUCGAUGCUUGUUACAUGGCAACAGCCAGCCUUUAGCAACGGGGAAAUCAUAAGCUACACCAUACGGAUGCCACAGCCUAGAGUGUACAUUGGAGACACCAACACGACAAGUAAAGUAGUCAACGGUCUGGUGCCCUACACCAACUAUCUUGUUACCCUAGAGGCAUGUACCAUCGGUGGUUGCACAGAGAGCAGUGGCACCCCAGCCCAGACGGAUCCUUACUUCCCUGAGGGUCAGGGGGCUCCUAGAGGUGACCCUAUCACCCAGACCUACAUCUCAGUCACGUGGAGCGCACCCAUCAAGCCCAAUGGUCCAAAUAUCAGAUAUGAGCUGCAUAGGAUGAAGUUAAGACAACCACUACAGCCAGGCAUGGCAACAGGCCUAGGUUUCUGGCAGCUCAUCUACAGUGGUGCAGACACAUCAUUUGCUGAUCUCGGACUGACCACCUACACAACCUACCAGUAUCGCAUCACAGUCUCCAACGACAUCGGCCCCUUGACCUCCGACCCCAGCGAUGAGGUCACCACACUGGCUGGCCGACCGUCUAUCGGUGGAUUCAUCUCCGCAGUUGCUGUAGACCAUGUGACAGUUAUGCUCAGCUGGACAACACCAACGCUCCAAGAAUUACGAGGUGAUGUCGUCAACUACUUUGUUGAAUACGGCGCAAGCUCCACCCCAGGGAUUCGAACCAUGAACACCCAUCCACCAGGGGUAGACAGUACCACUAUCGGACUGCUCAUGCCAAACACACUGUAUGAGUUCCGGGUUCUAAUCUCCAAUGGUGCUUACAAUGUAUCUAGUAACCUGGCCUAUGCAGAGACCAAAGAUGGAGCUCCUGAAGGUUUCUUAGCGCCCAGUAUUUACAUCUUGAGCCCCUCAGCAUUGCAAGUAUCUUGGCAGGAGCCGAGUCAACCCAAUGGGGAUAUACUUAGAUACUCUGUGUAUCUAGAUGAUGUUGUUUUGGCUACUCUAUCGUCGUCGACGUUCUCACAUAUUCUACCCAACCUACAGCCGUAUACCAUCUAUGCAAUACAGGUGGAAGUCUGCACAGUGUACGACUGCCUCCUCAGUAACGCCACCUUGACCACAACUCUUGAAGCGCCCCCCACAAGUAUAGCGCUCCCUAACCUACGCGUAUUGGGCUCAUCGGUCAUCGAUGUGAAUUGGGCGACCCCAGCCCAGCCCAACGGCAUCAUCAUACAGUAUGAACUGUUCCGUAGGAACUACAUGCCAUGCAUGGAAGAUGAGGGUUCGAAUCCAGUCAGAGACUCGUGUGAUUAUCUUGAGUGUAGUAUAACAGAAAGCAUCUGUGGAGACGAGUGUUACUCAGGCAGCCAGGUCUGCUGCGAGGGCGCUCUUCACAACCAACAGCCCGAUUACGAGUGCUGCGGGACCAAUUACCUCCCUGUGCGGUCGUCCUCCUCGGAUGUUUGCUGCGGCGGUCAGUUCCAUCCUUUCCAGCUGGAUUACCAAUGCUGCAGUGGUCAAUACGUCAGCGUGCCUGCCGGUCAGAUAUGCUGCAUUGACCCUGAUGAGGACCGGGUGGCCGUGGGGGCCGGUGAUGCAUGCUGCAGGGGUAUUCCCUUCGACACGGCGGGGCCACAGAUUUGCUGCGCAGGAUCUUUCUUUGACAAGACCCAAGGGCUGUGCUGCCAGAUGACCUUUGUAACAUUUGAUGACAACUUCCAAGACGGCUACAACGCCCAGUGUUGCGGCGCUGAUGUUGUCGGCUCUGACAAGGUUUGCUGUGAAGAUAAUGACGACACCAUGACCUAUGACCCUGAACCUAACAAGGUCUGCUGUGGAGUAGAGUACGUUGACCUCUCAGUGACUCUGUGCUGCUCAUCUGAGGCUGGUAUUACCAAGGCUCACCCUUAUGCAACAGUGCAAGAGAAGCAGGCAGCCAAUGAUCAAUGCUGUGGUGCCGAGAGGAUCACCCCGUCCCAGGCUUGCUGUAACACCAUGGGCUAUAACCCACUGACUCACGUAUGCGCAGACAGAGCUACUAACGUUGAAGGAAACUGUGGUGGAGGAAUGUCGUGCCCUAUCAGCCAAGCUGGAAUGGCGUAUUGCAAUAGGUGUGACUUUGACAAGAACACUCAUGUAUGCGCCAGGAUCGAUGCACAGUUUGUGACAGCCCCUCUGCCUCCCUCUGGCUCUAAUACUGGAGUGGAUAAUAUCUGCCUCUCCGCCUUGGAAAGUAUCACAAUCGCUGGACCUAAUACUUAUACUUACUUAGAUGAGGGUUUGAUACCGUAUACAGUCUAUGAGUACGCCAUCACAGCUCAUAAUAGUGUUGGUAGUGCAACUAGCGAGUACAGUAAUGGGCUGACCAAUGAGGAUAUACCAAGAGAUGUAGCGUCACCAGAGUGGAGGGUAGCGGCUGGGGUACUGGACACCAUCGUACUGACUUGGACACCACCAGCUUUUCCAAAUGGCGUUAUAACGACGUACAUCCUGCGACGUGAUAGCAUUGAGAUCUUCAGAGGUCUUGCCACAUCACUUGAAGAUAGUCAAGGCAUCCAGCCUUACCAGCACUACACCUACGUCUUAGGAGCUUGUACCAGUAUUGGAUGCGCCAACAGUCCACCAGUUACUGCAGCCACACUGCAAGAUGUACCAGCCAAUCUCUUUGAUCCAGUAGUUACAUCCAUUGAUGCAUCCAGUGUCCGCAUCACAUGGCGCAUACCAGGCAGACCAAACGGCGUCAUCCAACAGUAUAGAAUAACAGAGAACGGUCAAGAUGAUCCGAUAUACGUGGGCGACGCAACCGACUUUGAGUACAUCCACAGUGGUUUGUCACCGUUUACAAGUUACGGAUAUUCCCUCGUAGCAUGCACAGCAGCAGGAUGUACCACAAGUAACGCCGUCUCAGUGACUACGCCUGAAGCCCCACCACAAGGCGUUUCAAGUCCUGUGCACGUCGUUGUUAGUUCUACCGUGCUGGAGCUGUACUGGACCCAGCCAGCAAUCCCCAAUGGUAUCCUGACAUCCUACCGACUCUAUCGCUUCAAUAGUCUCGUCUACUCUGGAUCUAGCCUGAUGUAUACCGAUACCAACCUCAGCCCUAACACGCGUUACGAGUACAUCUUACAAGCGUCCACGUUGGCCGGUGGAACCAACAGCUCUGUCUACACAUGCCAGACCCCAGACAGUGCUCCGGAAGGAAUCUCCACCCCGAGUUUGACUGUUCUGAGCUCGACGUCCAUCAGCGCAACGUGGAUACCGCCGACCAUUCCUAACGGUGUUGUCCGACGGUAUGGUGUUGUGAUUCUGAGCGGAACUCCUGAGCAGAGAGCCUUCUUCAGCAACUUGGAGACAUCCCGUAUCGUAGAGAAUCUAACGCCCUUCAGAUUGUAUGAUGUGAGAGUUGAGGUUUGUACUGAUGGUGGAUGCGGGCGUGGCCCAAAGGCAUUCGCUCGCACCUUUGAGGCCCCUCCCCAAGGACAGGACCAGCCUACCCUUAAGGCAACUGGAUCCACUGUGGUUGAAGUGUCUUGGAGUCCGCCCUCAAGUCCCAACGGGAAUAUCACCAAGUACAUGAUCUACAGACGAGAGUAUGGAACAAGCCAACUUUACCUCGUCUACCAAGCUGGUCCGGUGGAGACAAGUUUCACAAAUGCUGGAGGUGAUCUGCUACCAUUUACUCUGUACGAGUACAGGAUUACUGUGCAUAACUCCGAAGGGAUAAGUAGCAGUCCUUGGGCGAGUGUACGAACUCUGGAAGCCCCGCCUCAAGGUGUAUCACGACCUGACUUGGAGGCCAUUAGCUCCUAUGCUAUCAAAGCUACCUGGGAGGAGGCGGUUUUCCCUAACGGACUGAUAACAGGUUACAGAAUCGAGCACCAGAUGCUUGCCGAUGAUCCAACUCUUCCAAACCCGGUAGUACCUGCAGCUACCGUAGAUUCAUCUCUGACUCAGACCACAUUCUAUGGGCUGGCACCAUUCACCGCAUACCGAGUACGUAUUGUCGCCAUCAAUGGUGCAGGGGAGUCGUCUGGUCCGUGGGCUGAGAUAACCACACUAGAGGGUGUCCCAGCAGAGAUCGGGCGGUUCUCUGUGGUUCAACAACCUGGCGGCAACUCCCUCGUUCUACGCUGGCCAGAGCCUGGACAGCCAAAUGGGCACAUCCAAGAAUAUCGUAUCUACGAAGAUGUCUACCUCAUUACUCCGGUCUACAUCGGCCUAACACGGGAGUAUCUCUUCCGGCGUUUAGACCCUUACACUGAGUACAUCGUGGUUCUGGAAGCGUGUACAAGUGUCGGAUGUGGUCGAGGCGAACCGCAGAUGGUCGUUACAGCCGAGGUUGCUCCAGCCAAUCAAGCUCCACCCUCCUUAGGAGAAGUCACGUCCUCCUCGGUACAGCUCAUCUGGAAACCUCCCAUCUCAGCCAAUGGAAGGAUUCUCCGCUAUGACAUCCUGAGACGCACAGCGACAUCAAGUAGACGUAGACGUGAUACAGACGAUAGCCCUUUCACUGACACUCGAAUUGUACAUCAGCAGUACAGCACCGAUGCAGAGGAGUACAGUUACACCGACUACUCCUUACAACCCCACAAGUUGUACGAGUACCAAGUUAGUGUCUUGAAUGCUGCUGGUCAAGUAGCAAGCCCCUGGGUUCCUGUGCAGACUGAGCAAGCUGCCCCCGUGGGUGUGUCGCCCCCUGUGGUUAACCAUGUUGCAAACAACCCAACCACCUUACAGGUGCAGUGGACGGAGCCAGCAGAAUCCAAUGGAAUCAUCACAGGAUACCUACUCAAGAGGAAUGUCAGCGCUCCGUUCAGCUUUGAAGCAAACUCCCUGAAGCAGUUCACCGAUCAAGGCUUGACGGCUUACACGGUCUAUGCAUACACCAUCACAGCCUGCACUGGGGGUGGAUGUACUGUGAGUUCACCAACCCAUAUAAGAACUCUUGAAACUGCUCCUGGCACUGUGGCUCCUCCACUGGCCAACCCUCUCAGCUCUACCACCAUUCAGGUCAGUUGGACAAGUCCUUCCUUGGACGCUGGGGAAAUCGUCCGCUAUGAACUGAAAAUGGAUAGAGUUGUGAUCUACUCGGGUCCAGAUCUGGAAUACACCAGUGCAGCCCUGACGCCUUAUCAAGAGUAUUCGUUCACAGUGGUUGCUUGUACAUCGGGAGGAUGUACUGAAAGUCUCCCUACAGUGAGUAGACCCUUUGAGGCCCGUCCAUUUGGCAUGAAUCCACCCGUCUUGAGAGCACUGAGUGCUAUCGCUGUCGAGUCAUCAUGGUCAGAACCAAGCAUGCCAAACGGGGUGAUCCUAAGAUACGAGUUGCGUCGGGACGGGAAGCUAGUCUACGACGGCAUCGCAAUGAGAUUCCAGGAUUUUGGUGACGGGGGUCAAGGGUUAACACCUGGGCAGGAGUACUCCUAUGUCGUGACAGCUUUCAACAGCCAGGGACAAGCCAUCAGCGACUCGGCAACCGUCUUCACUUCUUCCUCCUCGCCAGCUGGACUCGGCUCUCCAGGUCUUAUAGUCCUCUCCUCUUCCUCCAUCAGGGCAACGUGGCUUCCACCGAUCUACCCCAACGGUGACAUCCAAAACUACACCCUGUACCUUGAGGGUAACGUCCUCUACUCUGGGAAACAGUUCAGCUUCGACGCCCAUCGCCUGGACUUCUUCACCGAGUAUGAGUUCCGCAUCGGAGCAUGUACACUCACAGGCUGUGCUCUGAGUGACCGCGCCCACGCCCGCACCUUAGAAAACAUCCCAACCAAUCAGCUUGCCCCUACCCUCACCCCUCUGACGGAUAACUUAGGCGUGGCCAGCGGUGUCCUCGCCGAGUGGGGACUGCCCCAACAACCAAACGGUCUGAUACUCGGGUAUAAGUUGUACCGCCGACGAUUUUACCGCCAGACAGGCGAUCGUGACGAUCCGAUCUUAAUGUAUGAUGGACCCAACGCAAGGUUCACUGACAUGGAUCCACUCCUGAUACCUGAUGAGACCUACGAGUACAUGGUGACGUCGACAAACUCGGCAGGAGAAACAUCCAGCUCUUGGGCCCCUGUUAGAAUGCUGGAAGCUCCACCACAAGGACUACAGCCGCCAUCAGUGACCGACGUGGAGGCCACUACCUUAGUGGUGAACAUCCUAGAACCAAGCCAGCCCAAUGGAGAUAUAUCCAGCUACACCAUCAUCAGGAAUGGCACUGAGCUGAUCAUAACUACAAUGACAAGUUUCACCGAUGAUGGACUCCAGCCCUACACCGUCUACGCGUAUGAAGUACGAGCCUGCACAUCAGGGGGGUGCACUACUAGUGAACAAGCUCUAGUCAGAACCAUACAGGCCUUGCCUAGUGGCCUAGCUAAGCCUGUAGUCACUGAAGUUGGAGCAACGUGGGCUUAUGUAGCGUGGGAGCUACCCUCGGAAACAAACGGAAUAAUUGUCAGGUUUGAGCUUCGUAUGAGAGCAUCGUGUCCUAUAACGGCUCAGCCGUUUGAACAACCCUGCACUGUGAGCAGCUUCCAGAUGUUAGACAAAGCUCUGGGUUUAUCUCAUAAUGCUACGGGUCUACGGCCGUACACUAACUAUGACUUCAUGAUCGUAGCUUACAACGAUGAAGGGUUAACUCAAUCACCGGUUGCAAUACAAGCAACACUCGGAGCAGCUCCAGUGUACAUUCCAGAGAUCAAGCCCACCAUCGUCAGUAACUCUACCAGUAAGCUGAUUAACAUCAACUGGGCAGGUAGCUUUAGACUCAACAGCAUGCUGACUGAGUAUGCACUCACAGAGAAUGGGGAUGUUGUGUAUAGUGGUAUCGCGACUGGUGUUAACCGACCCCUCAAACCACAAAAAUAUGAGUUGACUGUCAUGUGCAAGACAACAUCAGGGAGUGUCUCGUAUCCAACCAUUAUAUAUGAACCACCAGUUGAUGGAGGCGCAACCCCCAUACCUCAGGUAGCCUGGUACUCCUCUGUCUGGUUCAUAGCCAUCAUGGUCCUCAUUGGAGUUGUCAUUCUCUUUAUACUCAUCGCUAUCUUCCUGAGUCGUAUGGGAACACGCAAACCCUACGAGCGAGAGCGCAGACCUCUGCCGCCCCGACAGCAACGCGGUAACUUCACUUUCAAUACAUGCGGGAAGUACUCUGAGACUGAGAGCAUACUGGACCCCAUUCCCCAAGCCAUCAGUCGUUCAGGCAGCAUGCAUAGCCUGGGUAAUGCCUACCUCAAUCCCAGUUUCCUGAACGCCUCCCAGGCACCGGGGGCCUAUAGUAGGGGUACGACUCCGGAGAAGAUGAAGCAGUUUGAAGACUCCGGCUGGGAUGCACGGGUCUUGAUCCCGAACAAGCUCGACAGUGGCAUGGUUAGUAUGGCUGAUGGAUAUGAUGAAGAUACUAUGACGCAUAUCAGCCAACCGUACAGCUACACUAAGGAGCAGACGAUGUUUACCGACACUCACCUAUAAAUACUGCCGAGAAGAGAGCAUGGUGUCUUAUAGACACUCCUGUACAUAAAUAU